UAUAUUUAUUUUAAUGCUGCUGCUUUUUGGGCUUAUGUACACUGCUAAACAUCGCGCACCGUUAGAGGCGCCCAGGGCAGAGGUGCCAAAAAAUCUGGAGGAUAUACUGUUGUCGCUGGCGCAACCGCAGCCUGGACGCAGCAUCUUCUUUCUGGAAACAGAUUGCCACUGGCAAAGAAACAAAACGAGGCACAUGGGCCAACAUCCGCACUCCAGCUACAAUCUGCUGAGCUUGACCAAACGCCAAGCGUGCUCCAUUGAGUCAGCAGCAAUGCAUCAUCCCAGCUACCAGGUGUUUGUGCUCUUUGCUUGCUCCACUUAUAGGCAGCAGCACAAGACGCAGGAAGCGUUUAUUGAGGCGCUACUUGGCUAUGAGAAUGUAGAGUUGCGACAGUUGCAUAUAAAUCGCUAUGCCAUGGGCACGCCCAUUGAGGAUUGGCUCAAGUAUGGCGAGCUCUACACCUCAAACCAUGUUACCUCGCACAUUUCGGACUUUCUGCGCUAUGUCACGCUCUAUCGAUACGGCGGCAUCUAUAUGGACAUGGAUGUGCUGGUGCUGCGCAGUCUGGAGCAGCUGCCGCCAAAUUAUACAGGCGCCGAGUCGGCUACUGAUCUGGGAGCCGGCGUCAUGAGCUUCUCACCAGUUGGCAUUGGUCAUCAGCUGGCCAAGCGUUGUCUGCUUGACUUGGAGCAGAACUUUAAUGGCCAAGGCUGGGGCACCAACGGUCCUGGCGUCAUAACACGCGUCAGUCAAAAUGUUUGCGACACCUUUGAGCUCACUGAGAUGCUGAAUAAUCGGGAACGCUGUCGCGGAUUUCAGAUAUACGAGCCCAGUGUGUUCUAUCCUGUGGCCAGCCCGCUCUGGCUUGACUAUUUCGAGCCUGCAAAGCUGUCCUUGACCUUGGAACGCACUGCAGCCGCCUAUACGGCGCACAUGUGGAACACUUUCUCCAAGAAUAAACUGAUGGCCAUUGGAUCGGGCAGCGCCUACGAUAAGCUGGCGCAGCAGCAUUGUCCCAAGGUCUAUGCAGCAGCUGGCGAAUAUCUCUAG